AAACUAACCAGACCGGAUAUUAGUAGUGCCAAGUAUCGAGUUCAAUUGCCGUGUGCUCACUUCGACUUUGCCGUCUGCCCGACCGCCUACCCGGCCUGGAGAAGCGGGUCACAUAGUUGUUUGAAGUCGAGCCUUGUGCGGACCGAGGUUGGCGGGCACGGCGAACAUAUUAAGCGCUAG